GUAGCGGUGAAGUUACCGGUUCACUCCUCCGGCGCGAGCUCGUUCCUGCUGCUCCGACACCAGUGACAUUUGUGGAAACACCUGUCUCACCUGUCGCCUCUGUCCGCGCCGCGACUCACAAGCGGAAAUAAGGUCGAAUCCUGAUUCACGUCUGGGCCACUUUGGACUUGGAAGAUGUUGAACGGACGCUGGGACGUGGUGCGCCUGGUCGUGUUCGCCGUAAGCGUGACGGCCAAGUUCAUCGAACCUUCCGGACCCCGCUCGUCGCUGCUCUCCAUGGCCGACGCUCCCACCCGACUGCCCUGCUACUACCAGGCGGAGAGCCAUGAGAAGGUGGUGCAGGUCACCUGGUCAAAACUGCUCAAGAACGGAACCAAAGAUCAUAUCAUUACGGUGCACUUCGUAGAUGGCCACACAGCGUUUGGGCAGUACUCCAACCGAGUGAAGAUGGAGUCCAAGGACCCCAUGGACAACUCAGCCCUGCUCAUUCCCAUCACCAGGCAGUCCGACGAGGGCGUCUACACCUGCCACAUUGCCACCUACCCCUUGGGAAACUUCGAGAGGAAAAUCACUCUGACCGUCUGGAAGCUGCCGCUCUCCUCCGUGUAUCCCGAAGUUAUGGUGGAGGGGCAGUCGUUCCGGCUGGCCGCAGCCUGUCGGGCCGCCGGCCACCCUCGGCCCCGCCUUACCUGGGACACGGACCUCACGGGUCGGGUGGAUGAGCGCGAGGGCGACGAGGGCUCGGCGUCCACCUACUUCCUGCUGCACCCGCUGAGGAGCAUGAACGGGAAGCGGCUGGACUGUCUGGUGUGGCACCCCGGCCUGGAGCAGCCCAUGCGGCUCAAGAACACUCUGGAGGUUCACUACCCUCCUGACGCCAGCAUCACCUCUAAGUUCGACGACCUCUACGUGGGGCUGCAGGACCUGGAGCUGACCUGCGUCGGCGGAGGAAACCCUGCUGCUGACAACAUCACCUGGACCUGGAGCGGGGGAGACCUGCCUGAGGGGGUGACGGCAUCUGGGGGGAGGCUGAAGUUUGGGCGAGGCCUGUACCUCAACGACAGCGGCGUCUACCAGUGUGUGGCCGUGAACGCAGUGGGAGUCAGCAAGACGGAGUUCCUCCUGACCGUGGCGGCUAAGUCUCGGGGGAUUUUGAUCUCAGCGGAGAAUCUGUACCUGAUCGUCUUCGGAUCGCUGGCCGGAGCCGCGGUCAUGGUCCUGAUCAUGAUCCUGCUGCUGGUCAACCGACACCACCGACGCAAGAACAAGCGGCUGGAGCAGGAGCUCAACGAGAAGACGAUUGAAAUUAACAGUUUCUCCCGACAAGCUUCGCUGCGGAGACUCAACUCUGUGAGCUCCGAUCCCAGAUCAGAGGCGGAGGACUAUGGCAUGCUGCGGGUCGACAGCCGGAUCAAGAAUAGCCAGAUAUCUAUGCAGGAGCGGCCCAUCUACAAGGGCAGCCAGUCCACCCUGGGCGGGAGGUGGGGCCACGCAGACGUGGUGGAUGUGGACGAGCUGGGCCGCCCGGUGGUCUGGGGCAACGGCAGGGAGUCGCUGAGGGUCGCCGACUUGGACGCGGAACGCAGGAGAAGGGUGGAGUCGUACGUGAAGAGCAGCAACAUGUCGCUGGACUCAGGUCUCCCUUCAUCCCUGGUUCCCCUCAAGGUCCAGCCUGACAACAGCAUCGGUGCCCGAAACCCGAAGCAGGAGCUAGUCGGAGGCGGAGACUCCCCAUCUGAAGGGGACUGGGUCCUCCCGGCGCCCCCUCCUCCCGAGGGACCGGACGACAGCAACAGCGUCUACCAGCUCUCCGAGGCGCUGACCAACCACUUCUACUACAGCAACGGCCUCCUGCGGCCGCUGCCUCACUCCAAAGCCAUCCUGCUGCAGCCCCAGAGCCAGGUCAUCUGACCUGGAGCGCGUCCACUGGCGGGCAGCACCCUCUUUGUUUCUGUGUUGUCACGUCUGUUCGGCUGAUCCACUCGCCGGUGAAAGCUGAAGACCCAGUUAGUCCACCACCAGGACUGGACACCAAAGAGCUGGCUCGUUGGUAUGGCAACCGAGACUGGGAUGGUGACCCGACCAAACUUGUUUGCACAGGACAGGGUGGUGAGCGCCACCUGCUGCUGAGGAGCGGGCCCCUGCCAGGUCAGAACCAUGAAGUCCAUGAAGCUGGUUCCUUUUGUUGAUGCUCUGAUGGAACCUGCAGGAAGCUAUUACAAAUUUUAUAUUUCAUUGAUCAUAAGCAACUUGAUUUUUGUACAGCAAAAGUAAUACCUAAUAACUCUUAUGAAACAUACUUUUUGUCCAAAGAAGCUUGAGUCAUGAAAUGUUUUUGUGUUGUUGUAUGAUAAGCGAUUCACUUUUCUGUUACAAAUAUUAUCACUUUUCUAAGUGUUUCUGUUAAUAAAAUGUUUUUCACCAGAGACCUUAAAUCUCAA